CUUUCUUUUUCAGCAUACUGGGAAGCGUAUCGAUCAGUAAAACCAUUUUCUGUUCGUCUUCAACAGCAGCUCAGAGAUCGUGCAUUCUAGUCCUAGGGCUUGUUUGUCUGUUUGUUAGUUCGAAAUGUCCAUCUCGUGCUUCUCUCUCCUCUUCUGCCUCCCUUUCUUCACCUUCCUUACUAUCCACUCCAAACCAGUCACCUCACCUUACCUCUCACCCACCACGAUCUUCCCCCAUUACCAGAACAUGCUCAAAACUUUCAAAAUUUUCAUCUACACCCCAAACGAGGCCUUCACUUUCAACACCCCUGCUGAGUCACUCUUCUACGCCUCUCUUCGGAACAGCCCGUUUGUCACCCAUGACGCCGAAGAGGCUCACCUCUUCUUCGUCCCUUUCGCCUCCGGUCUCUCCACGCGAUCCAUCGCGCGUGUCAUUAGACGUCUUCGGGAAGAGCUUCCGUACUGGAACCGUACGCUCGGUGCCGACCAUUUUUACCUCUCGUGUGCCGGUUUGGGAUAUGAAUCGAACCGAAAUCUCGUUGAGUUGAAGAAAAACUCGGUGCAGAUCUCGUGCUUCCCUGCAUCCGCUGGUAAGUUUAUCCCUCACAAGGACAUAGCCCUACCUCCAUUUCCGAAAUCUAACGUGCCGCAGGCUCCGGCGAACAGAACCGCGAGGUUUCUGGGUUAUUUUGGGCACAGCGGGGUUAAAGAGUCCAGUUUGGUCAACGAGUUGGUUAAUGAUCCAGACUUUCUGAUCGAAUCCGAGCCGUCAGAUCAGCUCAGUUACACGGAGAGACUAGCGAGCAGUAAAUUUUGUUUGUUCGAGUACGGAGGCGAUGUUUCGGGAAUCGGAGAGGCGCUGCGUUUCGGGUGCGUACCGGCGGUGAUUACUGACCGUCCGAUCCAGGACCUGCCAUUCUUGGACGUGCUGAGGUGGCAGGAGAUCGCGGUGUUUGUCCCUGUGGGAGGGGUCAAGGAACUGAAGCGUGUCUUAGGGCGCACGUACGGAGAUCGGCACGAGCAAAUGAGCAAAUUAGGUGUGAAGGCGAGUGAGCACUUUGUGUGGAACAGGGUGCCACAGCCGUUGGAUUCGUUUCAUACGGUGAUGUAUCAGCUGUAUCUGAGACGGCAUACCAUAAGAUACCCUCGGAGAGAAAGGGAUUAGGAUACCCAAGAUGUCUUGGGCGCAGUGGCGGAGCCACAUAGGCAUUUGGGGGUGCCAAAGAUUUUAAAUUUUUUUUUCCCAAAAUUAAAAAUAAAUAAAUAAAUUUCCAAGCUGCUGUGUAUGGUAAACUUUAAUA